AUGUCUCAAAUGUCCAUCACCUUCACCAGCCAAGCCGACGUCUUAGAAACUGUUGUUGAAGUGCUAUCAAAACACAAAAAAGAUGACUAUUAUGCAUACGAGCGGGGAGAAUAUUGGUAUAUUGGUAUUGGAAGUCGGUCAUCGUUGGUGAUUGACUCCAAAGGACAGACUGUGACGGUUAAUAACGAAUCCGGUCAAGAAUCGCGCUCCAUUGAUGGAUCUUCAAUUGCCGAUAUCGCGAGAGAGUUUACCAAUAACUUGACAAGUGGGUUCAGGAUAUUUGGCCAAGCUGGAUUCAACUACGCUGCACAUAUCCUUGAACAAAAAUACACGCCUGGCAACUGGCCUCUUCUAGCCCUAUUUGUUCCCCGCAUUGAACUUGCUCUUCACCGACAUACGAUUACCUUGAAAGGUGUCGACGAGGAAGUGAAAGCUCUAUACGACUCGAUCCAGAACAGCACGGGCAUCCCUCCCUUUCAGAAUGCCCAACCCAUCCACACCGAAGAUAGAGUGAAUUACAUAGAGAGGAUUGAGAAUGCUCUCUUUGAUAUAUCCGCAGGCUAUUACAAAAAAGUGAUUCCAUCUCGCACGGUGGAAAUUCCACAUAAAGUCAAUAUGCCAGCCACUCUUCUUAGUGGCCGGCGUUCCAAUAACCCUGCACGGAGUUUCUCCUUGAACCAUGCAGGCUACCGGGCAACAGGAUUUAGCCCGGAGCUGGUGGUAUCAGUGAAUAAUAGAAGGAUAACAACCGAGCCACUGGCUGGCACUCGAUCAAAUAUCGGAACCAAAGAAGAAGUCGAGAAGCUACGAGAAGAGCUCCUGGACGACCCGAAGGAAAUUGUUGAGCAUGUGAUAUCGGUAAGAGAGGCCAUCACCGAGCUCCAACAACUUUGCCCACGGGAUACAGUCAAGGUUGAAGAUUUGAUGUCGAUCCGAACACGUGGGUCUGUACAGCAUCUAGGGUCUCGUGUUACUGGGAUUCUAUCACCCGAGAAGGAUAUGUGGGAUGCAUUUGAUGUUCUAUUCCCGUCAAUUACUGCAUCUGGUAUUCCAAAGCAUGCCGCUCUCGAGGCUAUCCAGCGCCUGGAGGAUCAACCGAGAGAGCUGUACUCUGGUGCUAUAAUCAUGAUCGAAGAUAGCGAAUCGUUUGAAGCUGCACUUGUUUUGCGUACUGUCUUUCAAGAUCAGAAUCGUGCUUGGAUCCAAGCUGGGGCUGGUGUUAUCUCUCAGUCCAACCCACAGCGCGAGCUGAUGGAGACUCAUGAGAAGUUGGCGAGUAUUGCACCAUUUGUUAUUCUGGAUGUUCCAACUUGA